GCGACUUCUUACUUCUUUCGGCUUCACCGGUUGAUUCCAAUUAAUGAUUGCCAUCAGCGAUGCAUCCAUCUGCCCAACUCUCCAUCCUCUCCUUUCCUGUCCUCUUCUCUCCUCUGCUUCUACGGCUGAGCCAUCUCCUCCUUAAACCUCUUCCGCUCCUUAUUUGUUUUUGAAAGCUUGCAAUAGUUAUCCUUCUCUCCUUUGUCAACUCUCCCCCCGCUAUACUCGCUGUUGAUUCCCCCUUUGUUGUCCGCUAUCAUAAUGCGUUGAUAGCCUUCUCAUUCUGUGUCCUGUUUGAGCUCCCAACACCCUUGUUCUGCUAGUGUCAGAUUGGUUACUGUGUCUUAUCAUGCCCUCCGCUUCGGCUCCGGAGAAUCGCAAGGCCCAGAAACUCGAGGAGGACACUUUUGUUGCAUUUGGUCACGCCGCUGCUGGACAUGAUGGCGUGCUCUGCAAUCCCUCCGGUUCACUAAUCGCAAAACCAUGUACUCUCCAAGAAAUUGAAUUCUACGAGUCUAGUCUCCACCACCCUAGCUUCCAGCAAUUUAUGCCCCAGUUCAUUGGCACUCUAUCCAACCCUACGCCCGCAAAUGUCCUUGAAAUCCCAACAAGCGAAAGCAGGACCUCUUUAGUUACUGCCGCUGUGGACCCGUCUGCGACUUCAUCCUCCGGCACGGAUUCACCUCUGACUCCGGAGCUUGGUAGAAAGCCCGAUCUUGUUACCGUGCCAGUUGCCGUCGCCUCGCAUAAAGAGCCCGCCGAAUGGUUUCCGUCCCAGGGACAGAAGAUCACCAGCAGCGUAUCGAUAGUGCUUGAGAAUGUGACGGCAGGUUUUAAGCGACCAAACGUCUUGGACGUAAAGCUUGGCGCCAGACUCUGGGCGGACGAUGCUGCUCCUGCUAAAAGGGCUAGGUUGGAGCAGGUAUCUUUAGAAACUACGAGUUCUGUGUUAGGAUUCCGCAUCGCCGGGAUGAAGAUAUGGGUUGGUGAGAAUGCGGAAAAAGAGGAAAAGGUUCUCGGAACUACGCAAACGAAAUCACAUGACACCAUUAAAUCGAAACAAAUCGUUGUCGAGACCGUGGAUGGGUACAGGCGGUAUGACAAGUGGUAUGGUCGCUCAUUCAACGUGGACAACGUUAAGGAAGGCUUCGAGACAUUCCUCGAUGGCGCCAAGGAGGGUAAAAUCGAUAGGUCGAAAUUGAUCGCCAAGAGAAUAGCGGAAAGGUUACGCGCUAUGCAGGCAGUUCUUGAGGCGGAGGAGAGCAGAAUGUACUCCUCCAGCGUCCUGAUUGUCUACGAAGGGGAUCCAGAAGCGUUGGAGGAAGCUCUCGUCAGGGAAGGUAACGCCGAAACUCAAGGAAAUAAUGGUAAUAAAUUAGACGACGGAUCGGAAUCGGAGGCUGAAUACGAGAUAGAGAUUCCUGGGGGCUCCUCAACCUUGCAGAUCGUCGAUAUGAAGGUGGAUGGGGAAUCAAUCACACCAGGCGGCAUUAAGCUCGAGAUCAACCCUAACAACCUCGGGGAAAUUGAUUUUGACAUCGACGGAGUAGGAGAAGAAGAAGACGACGAAGACGCAGAUGAAAUACCGCACAAAGUCCAGGAUAUCCGCUUCAUCGAUUUUGCCCAUGCAACAUGGACGCCUGGGCAGGGACCGGAUGAAAAUGCACUGCUGGGGAUUCGAAGCUUAGUGCGUAUGAUGGAUGAGCUUGCGGAAGCCUAAAAAGAAAAAGAAAAAAAGCUGGUCACAGCCGUGGAUUUCAAUUGUGACUUGUGGCGCACCUAGAAGGAAAAUGGAAAAGGAAAGAAAGAAAAAGGAAGAAAGAUAUGAACGUGCAAUUGAAUAAAACGAAUACGAACUGAUAUUCCAUCCGCUAUUUUAUGGCAUGGCAAGGCGGGCAAAUUUCUCACCCUUUUCAUUGCUUGAAACCGCGUUCCUCAACCUACAAGCAACACUCUCUUAUCCCUCUCGAUAUCCUAAUUCCCUAAGCCCAAAACUUGCAUAGAGCGUUGAUAUUUCCUAGUGAUUAUAAUGAGAUAAUGAAAACGAGCAUGCGAACACCUCACCGCUCUGAGGGCGGUUAGAUUCUGGUUAUUCUCACAACUAACGGAAAACAAAAUAAAAUAAAACCAUAGUUACAUGAAACAAUUUCUUCAUCGGCUCAAGGGACACAAGGACCAUCCUGCUACAGUGAAGCCAUAUAUUGUGUAUUGUAGACCGACUAGUAACUAGACAUCUGGGCAAGAUGGUACAGCAUAUACAUGUACAUGUACGAGUUUACUCUGUACAAGUAUUUGUAGGCUACUGGGGCAAAAGAGCUCAGUCACCACCAGCGCACUGCUGGUAGAAGGGCCGAUCAACCCAGGACCCUCAACAGUAUUAUUAUUGAAGAUCGGAUGUCAUGCCGCAUUAGGCUAAGCGGCAAAAUGCUGAAGCUCGAUGAUAAUGGGAUCGGAUAAAUAUUAUUUGCGACCCCGGCGGAUUCUCCAGUGACAAAAGGCGGAAUGAAGCAAGCGGUAUACGACAUACACGGGCAGGAUACCAGGCAGUCAGCAAAGACGAGACUGAUUCGAGAUGUUCCCUACACGCGCAUUAUUGAAGCGAUCGGUAUGGAAGGGCCCGAAUAUUGUCCCUCUCCCGCUACCAAAGACCAUGCCUCCACCGCCCGGCACACCCGCGAUAAAGACCCAAGCGCGCUCUGCGACGAUCCUGCCCAAUUUCGUCGGCUUGAAGUUUGCGGUGCAUAAUGGCAAGGUGUACAAUGAGGUGUAUAUUACCGAUGAGAUGGUGGGGAGGAAGUUGGGGGAGUUUUCGCAGACACGGAAGCGGUUCAGAUAUGAGCAUUCCAAGAAUUAAGUAUAUAUAUACCUAGGAACGGGGGAUGUGUGGCUGGUAGUAUGGUCCACAUGGGCGCUGAAGUCGUAGCGGUUUGGAUAUUGCUACUGUUGCUGGUCUCGUCGUGGGAUUUUCGUGUUUGGAGCGGAAGGAAUGGAUGUUGAGCAAUUUCUUCGACGAGGGAUAGAUAACACAUCCUUUAAUGUUCCCGGUGUGCCGUGUGCUGUUUCCCACGCAAUAACAACAGCAACAACAACAAUCGACCUAUCUACCAUGGAAAUGGAGCGGCGGAAGGUUGGAUAGAGGGGCAGGAAUGAGAUGUCGCGGCGAUAUCGAGCCCCGCCUGAUCUCUUGUGAGCAGUAUUGAAACCUCAUCAUCGCCGCUGACCGGGCGAGGAGAGAUGUUUGCAAACGGCCCCAGGGAGGUGUAGGGGGGGCUUCAGAUCGUGUAGCCCGGUAAAGUUUUUUCUAUUUCCUACAAAAAUUUAGAGCGGGCGUCCAGGAUUGAUUUUGGGAGAAAAAUCAAAAGGUUCUUCUUUACUUGUUCCUGCUUUGUAUAUGUAUAUAUAUUUUAUUGUAUAUUAGAAGUCCAAUAAACUUUUCGUUGCUA